CAUUUUACCACUUCACAAAAGUUAUGAAAACUUUUGUUUGUAACACAAACACAAACACAAACCCCUCGCAGUGUCUCUCUCUCCGACAACAUUCGAAUCUUCUUUCCCUGCAAAACCCUACAUUUGAUUUGGAUUACAUCUAACUCCGUACAAUGUUCAGAGCGUUUCUCUGCCAAUCUGGUUUUGAUGUCUCAAGAAAAUCAACAACCCUAAAGUUGCUUGACCCUGUUUUGCCAUUCCCAUUGUCUCGCACAUUCUGCACUUCGAAUCCUAACACAUUCGCCGUGUCCUACCUCAUCAACAAUCUGGGGUUCUCACCGGAAUCCGCUCUCAAAGCUUCCAAGCAUGCUCGUUUCAAAACCUCGGAAAAGCCUGAUUCAGUUGUCACCUUCUUCAGGAACCACGGUUUCACUGUAUCAGACACUCGCAGCAUCAUCACAAGGCAACCCUCGCUCCUUUCUUGCAAAGUUGACAAAAGGGUCCUGCCAAAGUUUCAAUUCUUACAAUCCAUAGGUGCUUCCUCCUCUGACAUUGUUCGCAUUGUGACAAGUAACCCCAAAUUCAUGGAGAGUAGCUUGGAGAAUAGUGUAAUCCCAGCAUAUAACUUGGUAUAUAGAUUCCACCAAUCUGAAAAGAAGACUCUUGCUUCUGUUAUUCGGUGUCCAUCUUUGCUCUGUAGCCUUUAUUUCGAGCUUAAUGUCAAGUUGUUGGGGGAUAAUGGUGUGGCCAGUUCCAGCAUUAGCAGAAUCCUUAGUCUGAGUCCUCGUGUUUUAUGCUCUAGUUACUUGGAAAAAACUGUGCAGGAAUUGAAAGACAUGGGAUUUGACCCUUCCAAAGCAUACUUCAGUUUAGCAAUGGUUGCCAAAAGAGGUAUGAGCAAAUCCAAGUGGGAUGAGAAAGUUGAUACCUUUAAGAAGUGGGGUUGGUCUGAAGAAGCAAUUUUGGAGGCAUUUAAGAAACAGCCACUUUGUAUGGUAGCAUCCAAUGACAAAAUCAAUAGGGUGAUGUUAUUUUGGGUUAAUCAGUUAGGUUGGGAUUCUUCUUACCUUAUGAAGCGACCUUGCAUUUUCUCAUAUAGUUUGGAGAAAAGGGUAAUUCCUAGGGCUUCGGUUGUCCACUAUCUUCUAUCUAAAGGUUUGAGAAGUGAGAGGAUCAGCUUGACCUCACCAUUUUUUAUAACUGAGAAGUUGUUCCUGAAAAGGUACGUGACAUGCUUCGAAGAGGAGGAAUCUUCUCAGCUGUUGAAGUUAUAUCUAGGUAAAAUGAGAACACAGGGCAACCGUGACGUGUCAUGUUCCUAAAAUAUUUCACUGCUGAAAAGUUUGUAAAAUGUUUUAUGGAGGAGCCUUUUCAUAAAUCUCUGUAUGGGUAACAAUGAACCUGAAUCUAGUGUAGAGUCAUAGAACAGGAAGAACUCAGGCAUGUAGUCUUUAAUGUUCAUGAAAAUUUAUCAAUUUUCAAAAAUUGGUGUAUUUAAACUAA